AUGAAAAUUACAUUGCGAAUGGUGGAGUCCGUCGUGAUUUUGGACGUCACCCCAGAUCCGAUGCCAAAACCAGAUCCAGAGGAAUUCAAGAAAAAACACUACGCACAUUUCGAAGAGAUGAUGACUAAAAAACCAAAAUCCUAUUUGGAAGAGCAUAUUCCUGGUGCUGUCCUAUAUGACAUCAACGUUGCGCACUUUCCGAGCAAGUACAUUAUUUUUGACCUCUAUCCACCAGAAGAAUUUGAGAAGUAUAUCCGACUGCUUGGUGUGAAUAAUAAUGAUCAUGUAGUAGUGUAUGGGAGAGGUAGCUUUGCCGGUAUGAUGUGGCCAGCCAGAGCGUGGUGGACAUUCAAGGCAAGUACAUAA